CAACCACGUCUGUGGGAUGGUCCAGUAGGCCUCUAGUGCUGCUUCCUGGCAUGCGUUCCAGCGUGGGUGCACAUGCUCUGGCGACGGAUCAGGGAAUCUGACUGCGACGGGAUGGACAACAUGACUAGCGCCAGCCAUUGCGCCCCCACCUCUGGGGGGUAAAUCUCUCGUGCGGGUCUAGGGAGGACCUACCCCACAUUCCGAGACCCAGGAUGCGUGCUCGAACGACGAGUCUUUAAAGGCAGCAAAGGCAUUCCAAGCUCGUAUGGGGAACUUGCUCGCCGCCACAGAAGUCGAGAAUGGUCAAGAAUUACACCAUUGUCCAUCUGGAUUGGGUCGGCCACGAUGACAAGUCCGCAUCGAAGCUCAUCACAGCAACACUCGUGGCGGUCCUCGUCGCUUACGUGACUUACAACCUGUUUCUGCACCCGCUCGCCGGUAUUCCCGGCCCCUUCAUCUCGCGCUCGGGCCUGUGGAGCUACCGGGUCAACCGCGCAAUCUUCCGCGACGCAUCUCAAAGUUACGACAAGCUUCACGACGACUAUGGCGCGUACGUACGCAUUGGUCGUAACCAUGUCAUGACGGCCGAUCCGGCUGCAGUCAAUGUCCUCUAUGGUCACUCGUCCAAGUGGACAAAAUCUGGAUUUUAUCAUCUCUUCCGCCUGGGACCGCCCAAGGGGAUCAUGAGCGAGACAGAUGUGAAGAAGCACGCGGCGCUGCGGAGAGCAUCGAGCAGUGCCUACUCGAUAAGCGCGCUUCUUGAGCUGGAAGUCUCUGUUGACAUCAUGGUCGAGAAGUUGUUCAGGCAACUGGACGGCUUUGUCGAGCGCAAGCAGCCCUGGAAUGCUGGACUCUGGCUUCAGUGGUUCGCAAUGGAUGUGGUUGGCGAUCUCGCCUUUGGAAAAAACUUUGGCCUCAUCGAGAAGGCUACCGAUACAAACAACCUGAUCCCCGCCGUCGAGGACUUCGUCUUUGUUGCCACCCUGAUGGGCACCUUUCCGACCAUCGGCGACCCGCUCUUCACGGCCGCCAGCGCGGCAGGUGCAGGGGGCCGAGGUGCUGCCCAUCUCAUGCAGGUGACACAAGAGAGCGUGAAAGCGCGGCUCAAAAGGGCCGAGGAGAUCGUAAAGGCUGGCGGGACCACCGACGAACUCCAGAAGGAUAUGCUCUCUCGUUUCCUCCGCGCAAAGGAUCCAGAGACGGGAAAGAAGCUGACGGUUGACCAAAUCUGCACCAGCGCCACCCAAGUCGUCGGAGCCGGGAGCGACACGACGGCCAUUACGAUGCGAGCAAUCAUCUACUACACCCUCGUGACACCCGGUGUAUACGAAAAGCUAAUGGAAGAAUUGGAAGCGGCAGUCAGUAACGGCAGCCUUACCUUCCCUACCCCGUACAACGAGGGCGUCAAACUCGAGUACUUCCAGGCCAUCGUCAAAGAGGCGCUCCGCUACUAUCCAGCAGUUCCCUGGCCGAUGCCGAGGGUCGCGCCGGAAGGCGGGGCGCAUAUUGGCGAUCACUACUUUCCCCCAGGCAGCCGUGUUGGCAUGUCUGCGUACGCCUACCAUCGCCGAGCGUACGGUCACGAUUCGAAGCGCUUUCGGCCCGAGCGGUGGAUCGAAGCGACAGACGAAGAGAAGAAAGAGAUGGAGAAGAACCUGCUGAGCUUCGGAGGAGGCGCGAGGGUCUGCAUCGGCAGGAACAUCUCCAUCAUGGAGAUGACGAAAGUCAUCCCCUACCUCUUCUGGACCUACCACUUUUCCAUCACACCCAGAGGCCCCGGCUCGCCGCACAAAUACAAGCAGGGCAGGGGUUCCGAUGGGGUGCUGGACUCCGAGUCAUGGUACGUGAAGUCGUCUUGGUUCUCGAGCCAGUACGACUUCUUCCUCGAUGUGAAGAAACGCGACGUCGAGGCAGUCCAGUAGUGAUUUGUGGCAUGAUCUAGCUCGAAAUAACGGAUUGCUAAGACCUCAAAGUGUUUAUAGCUCAUUGAACAUUGCCAAGAGACUGUACACGAGGUGUAUGGAAGACGGCAAGUCAAAAAGAGGCGUGCUUCGCGGUAUAUGCAUCUCUUGAAGUAAAGGGCAGGAUGACUCAAGAUGUAUCUACGCCUUUCUUGUGACAUGGACAACCUGCAUUCCUC